AUGGCCCCGGGCAUGGACGAGGCCGCGCCGCCUCACAGCGCUUUCGACACUCUCCUGGUCCUCGACUUCGGGAGUCAGACUAGCCAUCUCAUCAUUCGACGUCUCCGAGCCCUCAAUGUCUACGCCGAGAUGCUGCCCUGCACCACCAAGCUCCGGGACCUGGCCUGGACUCCUGUCGGAAUCAUCUUGAGCGGCGGCCCCUCCUCCGUGUAUGACCAAGGAGCUCCUCACGUCGAUCCCGCCAUCUUCGACUUGGGGGUGCCCAUUCUUGGAAUUUGCUAUGGCUGCCAGGAGCUCGCUUGGCGAGCAGACGCUAAGAAUGUCGCUCCUGGAGAGGCCCGGGAAUAUGGCCAUGCUGAUGUCGCCGUACACAAGGUCGGCGGCUCUGGCCACGUCGACCGCCUCUUCGACGGUCUGGGGGAUAUAAUGCACGUUUACAUGAGCCACUUUGACAAGCUUGUACGCUUGCCCGAAGGUUUCGUCACCGUCGCCAGCACGCAGAACUCGGAGUUCGCUGGAAUCGCCCACCGGGAGAAGCCAGUGUUUGGAAUCCAAUUUCACCCCGAGCUUUCGCACACUCCUCGCGGCACUGAGCUGUUGAAAAAUUUUGCCGUCGGUAUUUGCGAAGCCAGACAGCAUUGGGUCAUGAGUGACUUCAUCAAGCAUGAAAUCACACGUAUCCGCAAGCUCGUUGGCGACAAAGCUCAAGUCAUCGGUGCUGUCUCGGGCGGCGUCGACAGUACCGUGGCGGCUCGCCUGAUGCAAGAAGCUAUUGGCGAGCGAUUCCAUGCCGUUCUUGUAGACAACGGUGUGAUGCGUCUCGACGAAUGCCAGCAGGUGCAACAGACGCUUCAACAACAUCUCGGCAUCAACUUGACAAUCGUCGACGGGUCCAAAUUGUUUCUUGACCGCCUGAAAGGCGUGACUGAACCCGAGAAGAAGCGGUCCAUCAUUGGGGGAACCUUCAUCGACCUGUUUGAAGAAGAGGCUAUCAGGAUCGAGAAGGUGGCCGAGAAUACCCCAAAUGCUGGCAAGGUGGAGUGGUUUCUUCAGGGCACUCUGUAUCCCGAUGUCAUCGAGUCUCUGAGCUUCAAGGGCCCCUCAGCGACCAUCAAAACGCAUCACAACGUGGGCGGGCUUCCGGCUCGCAUGAUGAACGGGGAGGGCCUUAAACUAAUAGAGCCCUUGAGAGAGCUGUUCAAGGACGAAGUGCGAGAAUUUGGCCGGCAACUUGGUAUUCACGACGAUCUUGUUAUGCGUCACCCAUUCCCAGGACCGGGGAUUGCCAUCAGAAUCAUUGGAGAGGUGACUCCCGAGCGUGUCGCCAUCGCCAGAAAGGCCGAUCACAUCUUCAUCUCCAUGAUCAAGGAAGCGGGCAUCUACAACGAGAUGUCUCAAGCGUACGCCGGCGUCGACACCAGCAGAGCCGUUGGAGUUAUGGGGGAUCAACGUGUCUAUGGGUACAUCAUCAUACUUCGGGCUGUGACGUCAACAGACUUCAUGAGCGCUGAGCCUUACGAGUUUGAAUUCGGACUGAUGAAGAAGAUUGCGCGGAGAAUCGUCAACGAAGUUGACGGAGUCUCUCGGGUGACUUAUGAUGUCACGAGCAAGCCUCCUGGAACCAUUGAGCUGGAGUAG